CCGAGGAGGUUGCUGCGGUUAGACAGAGCCGGAGUAACAGGACUCUGAUCGCGUCGCCCGAAGCCGCGGGUGGGAUCCCACAGGACACGCGCCAUGCCCUACCUGCUCAUCAGCACCCAGAUCCGCAUAGAGGUGGGCCCCACCAUGGUGGGCGAUGAGCACUCAGAUCCAGAGCUGAUGCAGCAUCUGGGAGCCUCGAAGAGAAGUGUCCUAGGAAACAACUUCUGUGAGUACUACGUCAACGACCCACCUCGCAUAGUUCUCGACAAGCUGGAGCGCAGGGGCUUCCGUGUGUUGAGCAUGACAGGGGUGGGCCAGACGCUGGUGUGGUGCCUGCACAAGGAGUGAUCUGCUCAUGCUGACUUGUGGAUAGGCCACCAAGAGCCUUGCCCAUUUCUUUCGAAUUGUCACCUUCCUUGGCCCAACACUGAUGGGCAGUUAAUGGCCUCAGAAGUCCUGCUGCCAUUGGUGGGGCACAGCAGACCCUUGUCCUGGUGUUCCCAGUUGCCCUCCAGCUACAGGCCUGACUCUGGCUUUUAUUGUAGGUUCUGUACUGAAGACAAGCUGCCCAGGCCAGAAAUGGACAGCCCAGUAGAGCACAGCCCCUGGACCUGGUCAGGAGGCUCCUGCACAGCUAGUCCAAGCCAAUAAAGGGCUCUCAUGAGUGGUUGUUCCUCA